AUGUUCUCGCCGUCUGUCACCAGCUAUAGGCCUACGUUUGAUCUUGUUUUCGAAGUGCAUGGUUAAUAGCUGUUUUGUAGUUUGUAUUCAUAGUUUGAAGAAUGUCUUCAGGGACUGGGAGUCAGACUACUAGUGGCUAUUCCGACCACCCGCAGUGUCACCAUCAAGGAUGCAGCCCUCAUGCCUCAAGAGUAUUCUACAACACCAGGAGGGCCACUCUUUAGUACGACCCCUGGAGGUAUGUGAAACUCAAUCAGCCUAAUAGUAAAUACACUAAUGUUAUUUUAAUAAGAAUAAUCAUUAUCAUAGUAAUAGGCCUAAUUUUAACAUUAUGUUAGGAUAUUCCUCAUCACCAUCCUCAUGAGUAGGCGUAUGAUAAUGGUGGCCUAUAAUCUGUGUCAACAUGUAUCCUUUCAAUUUCUUUAAAGAAUGUAAUGCACUGUUAUGUAUGCUUCAUUAGCAUCUUGUUUAUUGCUCUAGACGUCUGACCUAUUUAUAUAUUUCCCUCCACUGCCAUUGACGCACUAUGGAAAUAUGUUGGCUUGCUGUCAAGCACUUGGCUACCAAACAAACACUCAAAGUGCUAAAACCUUUCUCUGUGAACCAUUACAAGUUUAUGUAUCCUGUUUAAGGCACCAUUUUCAAGGAGAAAGACAACAAAUAUAAAGAAUAUAACUCAGAGCGUGGUCUCUAACCAAUCAUCUUUCGUUAGCAGGUUGUGGGAAGGUUGGCACUGAACUCAUCUGGCCACAAGCUGAACAAAUAAAUGGUGACUGGUGGUUGUAGCCUGACAGAUAUCCAAUGUGGGUCAAUAACGCAUUCACAGGUACAGUGCUGCAAGGAUGAGACACACAGAACCCUGUUUGUGAUCUCUCUCACUGUCAAUCGAUCUCCACCAAACCCACCCAGGCACACGAAUCAUCUACAACCGGAAGUUCCUCCUGGAGUGUCGAACCUCCCCUCUGGUGCGCACCCCUCCCUGUCUCCCUGAUAUUCCAGGGGUAACCAACCCCCUCUCAGACAACACUACGACUGACACAGCCCACCCCAAACAGACCCCCAACAACCACAAUCCCCCAGCAGACACGAGUGCAGGUAAGAGUCUAAGGGGAGGUGUGGUGUGUGUGUGUGUGUGUGUGCGCACAGGUGUAUGAGUUAUUGUGUCAUUUGUGAUGAGUAUUUUCAUCAUGUUUUUGCUUUCAUCUUGUUUUUGCAGGGGAGGAUGCUCAAUUUGAAAUGGACAUUUAG